AUGUAUAAUAUGUAUUAUUGUAAAAGAAAUAAAUAUAUUUCUAAUUAUUCUUUUGGAAAAAAUAAUAAAGGACAUAUUACUAUUAAACAUAGGCAAGGAUUAUUUAUUAAAAGUUCUCAAUUAAAAAAUACAAAUUAUAAUUAUAUAUUUAAAAAAAAUAUAUUUAAUAUUAUUAAUUAUAAUAAUAAAAAAAUAAUAAAAUUACAAAUAUUAAAAAAAAUAAUAGAUUAUAAAUUACAAAAAUAUAUAUAUAAAGUAAUAUGUCUUAAUAAUUCUUUAAAUUAUCAAUAUAAAUAUCUUCCUAUUACAAAAAAUACAAAAGAAGGAGAUAUUAUUUAUAUAGGAGAAACAAUAGAAUUAAAAAUAGGUAAUAUUUUACCUAUAAAAAAAAUACCUUGCGGUAGUUGAAUUCAUAAUAUUGAGCAUAAUCCUACUAAAGGAGCAGUUUUUGUUAAAAAUUCUAAAAUUAGUGCUUUUUUAAUUUAUAUAGGAAAAAAAUAUGUUACAAUUAAAUUACCUUCAGGAGAAAUUAGACUUUUAAAUAAAAAUGUUUUUUGUAUUUUAGGAGAACUUAAUAUAAUACCGCUUUUUUUAAAAAAAAAUAAAGCAGGAUUUAAUAGAUUAUUAGGAAAACGACCAAAAGUACGUGGUGUUGCUAUGAAUGCUUGUGAUCAUCCGCAUGGAGGAGGAGAAGGAAAAAAUUCUAUAGGUCGUUCUUCUGUUUAUUCUCCUUGGGGUACUAUUUCAAAAGGUAUUAUAACUAGAAAAAGUAAAAAAUAUAGUAAAAAAUUAAUAUUAAAAAAUAGAAAAAAAAAUGAUUAA